GCCCCAUCCCUCCACCACCACCAUGCCCAGCACCCGCGAAGAACUGCUCGCUGACAAGGACUACGACCUCAUCGUCUCUGGCGACUGCGGCGGUACCAACACCCGCCUCUCGCUCUGGCGCGUGCCCCGCUCGCAGACCCACGCCUCGGUCGUCGGCAAGAUUGCACCCGGCGAGGUCAUCUUCAACAAGAAGUACCUCAACCAAGAACACGCGAGCUUCGUCGAAGUCGCGCUCCUCUUCCUCAACGAGGCUGGCGUCGACGAGCCGCCGGCCUGCUGCGUGCUUGCUUGCGCCGGCCCGAUCUUGGACAACUCUGUUGUCUUUACCAACAUUGCGUUUGGCUGGUCGAUCAAGGGCGAAGUGCUCGAGCGCGAGCUCGGCAUCCCGCACGUGAAGCUCAUCAACGACUUUGCCGCCAUGGGCUACGGCCUCUUGACGCUCCGCCCGCACGAGUACAUCACGCUCAACGACGCGGUGCCCGACAAGCACGCGCCGAUCGCGACCGUUGGUGCCGGCACGGGCUUGGGCCAGUGCUUCUUGACGCCGUCGGGCGACGGCACGUACGAGUGCUACGCGUGCGAAGGCGGCCACAGCGACUUUGCGCCCGUCACGGACAUUGAAAUCGAGCUGUACAACCACCUCCGCAACAAGUUUGGCCCCAACAAGCGCCUCUCGGUCGAGCGCAUCGUCUCGGGCCCGGGCCUCGCCACCAUCUACGCCUUCUUGGCCGACAAGUUCCCGGAGAAGGUCAACCAGACGCUCCACGCCGAGUUCCUCGAAGCCGAUACGCUCCAGGGCGCUGUCGUCGGCAAGAACGCGCCCACGGACGACCUCUGCAACCAGGCCAUGGACAUCUUUGUUCGUGCCUACGGUCGCGAAGCCGGUAACGCUGCGCUCAAGUACCUCCCGCGCGGCGGCUUUUACAUCACGGGCGGUCUCGCGCCCAAGAACCUCGACUACUUCACCAAGUCGAGCCUCUUCUUGGACGCGCUCUUUGACAAGGGUCGCGUCAGCCCCGCCCUCAAGGUCUUGCCCAUCUACUUGGUGCUGACCGAAGACUUGGGCGAGCGCGGCGCGCACUACUACGCCUACCAACUCCUUGCGCUGCCCCGAUCUCGAUCAGCUAUGCCUUGAUGGCGGCGGCGGGCGUUGCGGGCGUCGCUUUGGGCGCCGCGUUGAGACGUUAGGUCAGCUAGAAGCGAGCGCAGCUGUGCAUGUUAACAUAAAACCACGUUGUCCUUUUACACCUUGC